AGCAAAACUUGAUGAUUCAUGAAAGAGAAGCAUCUUUGCACAUUAGGACCCUUCCAUCACGUUCACAAAAACCCCAUAUUGGUCCUACUACUGCUACUGUCUUCCAGCCCCCAUUUUCAACACACACAAAUAUUGGUAGAAACUAAUCAAAUCAAAUAUUCUCCGCCCUUUUUUGGGCUUCGUCAAUCCCUAAAUAUUUCCUGACAUGCGACCCUUAUUUACAGGUGAAGUCCCAGAUGGGGGAUUGUGAGAUGCUUAGUUGUUGAAUUUCAAGAUGGAUAGGCGGAGUCGGCUGUGGCAAAGGAAAUCAUCAGACAAGAGUUCUGGUGAGACUGAGAGUUCGGGAUCGAUAUCUUCUCAUUCUGAAAGAUUUUCUGAUGAUCAGGUAGCAUUCCCAACUCAUAGCAUUCAGUCUCUGGAAGUCACUUCUAAAGCUCUACGCAGUGAUGAAGAACUUAAUGAAAGUGUUGGGACUUUGAAGGAGAAACUAUCAGCUGCUCUUCUUGACAGUAAUGCCAAAGAUGAAUUGGUAAAGCAGCAUGCUAAAGUUGCAGAAGAAGCUGUCUCAGGCUGGGAGAAGUCUGAAAAUGAAGUGUUGGGCUUAAAACAGCAACUUGAGGCUACAAAUCAGAAAAACUCGGCUCUUAAAGACCGAGUUGGUCAUCUUGAUGGAGCACUGAAAGAAUGCGUGAGGCAGCUUCGACAGGCAAGAGAAGAGCAAGACCGGAAUACUAAUGAGGUUGUUGCUAAGAAAACUCGUGAAUGGGAUAGUUCAAAGUCCAUACUUGAGAGCCAGCUUGCUGAUCUCCAAGCACAACUUCAAGCUGCUAAAACUGAAGCUGCUGCCUCUAUUGGUAAGGAUCUCCGGUUAAAGCUUGAGGCUACUGAAAAAGAGAACUCUGCUCUUAAGCUUAGACUUCGCUCUCGAGUCAAGGAGCUUGAAAUUGCAACUAUAGAGAGGGAUUUGAGCACCCAAGCUGCUGAAGCAGCGAGUAAGCAACAUUUAGAGAGCAUAAAAAAGGUUGUUAAGCUUGAAGCUGAGUGCCGUAGGCUAAACGCCUUGGCACGUAAAGCACUACCAGAUAAUGGUCACAAAUCCUUUUCUACAUCCUCAGUUUAUGUAGAAUCCAUUAUAGAUAGCCAAUCAGAUAGUGGGGAGAGGGUACUGGCAAUUGAGUUGGAUACAGAUAAAGUGAGUGACUUGGAGCCAAGUGAAUGUGAUUCAAGCCAGUCAAAUUCACGUACAUCUGCUCGUAUCACAGAUCCUGAUAAAUUUAAUAAAGAAAAAGGUGUUGGAAAAAAUCUAAUGGUUCCUUCAGUAGAUAUCAAUCUCAUGGAUGAUUUUCUUGAAAUGGAAAGGUUUGCUGCAACGCCAGUUACAAAAAAUAAGAACUGUUACCUUGAGGCAGGACUCAGAUCAAACCAGUGUACUGCUGGAAAAAACCUUCUAGAAACUGAACUUGAAACCAUGAUUCAAAGGACUGCGGAACUGGAGGGGAAGUUAGAGAAGAUGGUGACAGAAAAAGUGGAACUUGAGAUGACUAUGACUGAGUGCGAAAAGGAGAUUCAGACAUUAAAAAGUCAGCUACUGGAGGCUGAUUUGAAGUUGGAAGACCUUCAAACACAGUUGAAUAUUGCAAAUGGAUCAAGGUAUGCUGCAGAUGAAGAAGUAAAGGCCUGUCAAACAAUGAGAGAAGUGGCUGAGUCACAACUAAGAUCCGUUCAAACUGAACUUGACUGCAUGAUUUUAAAAGUCAGUGCACUAGAAGAAGAUGUCUCAAAGGAGCGAGCUUUAUCAGCUGAAAAUGAGGCCAAAUGCCAGAAAGUUGAGAAUGAGCUAUUGAUAAUGAAACAUGAAGCUGAGCUCCAGCGUAUGGCUAGUACUAGUGGUGAUUUGAAGAUACAGCAGGAGAAAGAGCUGGCAUUGGCUGCAAGUAAAUUUGCAGAGUGCCAGAAAACAAUUGCAUCUCUUGGCCAACAGUUGAAAUCACUUGCAACAUUGGAGGACAUCUUAAUGGACUCAGAUACGCCAUCGGACCUCAUUGAUGAAGCUAUGCAUUCAUGACCUGAAUAAUCCAAGGAUGGUAAAAGUCUCGAAAGCAGCAUAUGACUGGUCAGAUGCUUCAACAAUUGGCUGUGACAGAUCGGCAUUCUUUAUCAAUAGCCCAUCACCAUUACCAUCAAAGUUAAAGAAUUGGAGACCUUUUGGGCAGAGGUAAGAGUGGGACUGAAAAACAAUUAUAAUAAGAAACAUUGAAGAAACAAAAAGUUGUCAUUGUAGAUGGAGCAGGUCUGUUUUGUGGUGAUGUCUUUGCCUGUUGAUUCAAUACCCGUGAAUCGACGGUUUGUAUUUACACACGAGGUACUUCUUUCGGGAGCAGCAAUUUUUUUUUUUAUCUUUCCAUUUAAGGGGGGAGGAGUAAUGUAAAUAGGGAGAGCAGUACUAUCAUUGAAAGAAGGUACAGUAUAGUCAUACAUAACAUAUAAGAUAUGUGUUCUUCAGAGUCCCACAUUUCAGGUAUUUGAAGCUCAUAUUGCUUUCGAAUUGUGAGUCUCUUUCACUAAUGUGAUAUAAGUCAUAUAACCAGAAUAAAAAAGACCUUUUUGAUA